AUGACGCCCCGCCUCCGCGCUUCCGGCACCGCCCCCCUACGGCAGCCGGGCGGGGCCGCGGGGGCGAUGGCGGCGGCGGCGGCGGCGGCUCGGGAGCGGCGCCGGGAACAGCUGCGGCGCUGGGAGGCGGCGGUAGCGGCCGCUCCCCCCUCCCAAGGCCCUCCCCAGCCGCCCCGGGCCCGCUCCGUUCGUUUCGAACGCGCGGCCGAGUUCCGCGCCGUCUGCGCAGGCGCGGACCUGGCGGAGGCGCGCGCCAUGGUGAGGGCGGGGGGGCGCGCGCUGUUGGGCGGGGCCAACGCGGACGGCAUCAGCGCGCUGCACCAGGCGUGCAUCGAUGAGAACAUGGAGGUGGUGCAGUUCCUGGUAGAGAGCGGAGCUGAUGUCAACCAGGCAGACAAUGAGGGCUGGACCCCACUGCACGUGGCUGCAUCCUGCGGCUACCGGGACAUCGCUGAGUAUCUCCUGGCCCAUGGGGCCGACGUGGCAGCGGUGACAAGUGAUGGAGAGCUGCCCUUGGAAGUGGCCGAGGAUGAAGGGCUGGAGGAGCUGCUGAGGGAGGAGGUGGAACGCAGAGGGGUGGACGUGGCGGCAGCCAAACGGGCGGAGGAGGAGCGGAUGCUGCGGGACACCCGGCGCUGGUUGGAUGCUGGGGAGAUCCGGGAUGCCAGGCACCCGGCCACAGGGGCCAGUGCCCUGCAUGUGGCAGCUGCCAAGGGCUACAUCGAGGUCAUGAGGCUGCUGUUGCAGGCAGGCUAUGACCCGGAUGUGAGGGACAAGGACGGGUGGACCCCGCUGCACGCAGCUGCACACUGGGGAGUGGAGGAGGCCUGCAGGCUGCUGGCCGAGCAUCUCUGCGACAUGGCACCCCGCAACAACGUGGGGCAGCGUCCUUGUGACCUAGCAGACGAGGAGACCCUUCCCCUCCUGGAGGAGCUGCAGCGGCGGCAGCACCAUCUCCGUUCUCAAAAAGACCCAGGGAUGCCCCCAGCCCCAAUAACUCUGGACCCCGAUGGAGCACCAGCUUCCACCUGGAGCAGUAAGCACCGCCGGAGCUCAGUGUGCCGCAUGAGCAGCCGUGAGAAGAUGUCAGUGCAGGAUCAGUCCAAGGAGCGCCCGGUGCUGGGGGUCCUUCCGCCCCCUGGAGACGAGGACAGCGGCGAUGAGGGGGAGACCCCUCCCCAAAUGGGUCUUCCCAUGGAGAUGGCCCCGCUGAGCCCCCCCAACGGGGUCCCUGAUGGUCCCCCCGUAAAGGGUCCCAGCACCGGGCUGUGCCGCACCGGCAGUUUGGGGGCGCUGCCCCCCCCCACCCCUCCCCCAGAUUUUGCUGUCCGUCGCUCCGCCUCCUCCCCCCGCCUAGACUCCGCCCCCCAGAGUAAAGAGCCACGCUUGGCCCGUGUCCCCCCCACCCCCUCACACCGGACUCCCUCUGACGCCGUCCCAUCUAACCCCAUCGAUGGAGGCCCCCAGGUGAAAGUGGAUGCAGAGCCCCGGCCCCGCAGGACAUACCAACCCCCCGUGCGGGACGAGGAAUCCGAGUCACAGCGCAAAGCAAGAUCCCGAAUGAUGCGGCAGUCCAGGAGGUCAACGCAGGGCGUCACUCUCACUGAGCUGAAGGAAGCAGAGAAGGCGAUUGGUCGCAUCGGAGAGGAGCAGCCAAUCAGAGAGGGAGAGAGGCGGGACGAGCAGCCCCCCGAGUGCACGGUGGUGCCUGGGGGGGGCAGGGAAUGUUUGGGGGGGGGUGGCUUGCAGAGCCGACAGCGACGGAAAGGACAGACGGGGUCUGAGGGGGAAGAAAAUGAGGACCAGGGGAGCAGCGAGGAGAGCCCCAAAAGCAAUGGGAUCUUGGCUGCCCCACGGCCCCCCCCAGCACAGCCGCCGGCAAUCGACUACCAGCAGCUCUAUGACGCCCUCUGGGAGGACAACGAGAGGCUGAAGGAGCAGCUGCAGGAGGCGGAGCUGAAGGUGACGCAGCUGCGGUUGGAGCUGGAAAGGGUGACCCAGAGGCAGGAGCGCAUCGCAGAGCGGCCGGCGCUGCUGGAGUUGGAGCGUUUUGAGCGCCGGGCGCUGGAGCGGAAGGCAGCGGAGCUGGAGGAGGAGCUGAAGGCACUGCAGGACCUGAAGGCCGACAACCAGCGGCUGAAGGAUGAGAAUGCGGCGCUGAUCCGCGUCAUCAGCAAACUGUCCAAGUGACCCCCCUAUAGGAGACCCCCCCAUUCUGCCCCUGCCCCCAUCGCCACCCCAUGGGGCGUCCACAGCUGCCAAAACUGCCCCCCGCCCCCCCACCCCCCAUAAUGCCAAAAUAUAGGACCCCCUCCACAAUAAACAAAGCCCUAAGGGAGCUGCCAGGGGGCGGGGCCACAGGGAGGGGGCGGGGCCAUUGCGAAAAGGGGCGGAGCCAUUGCUGGGGGCGUGGCCUGGACAGCUCGGGGGGGCAUAGCGUGGCCACGCCCCCUGCCAUCUUCACUUAAUGCCAAAAGUGGGCGGGGCUACCGCACGCCAGCCCCGCCCCCGGCUCCGAGCAUGCCAAUCAUCGCGCUGCUUUCACCCAGGCCCCGCCCCCUCCCUGCCGCUCAGCCAAUGGGAGGGCGGCUGGGCCCCGCCCCUCCGCCAAUGAGUAUUUUUGCAUUUAAAAAAAAAAAGGAAAAAAAAAA